CACUUGGUACGGUCACGUAUUUGUAUUGCUCUCAGUUAAAAUUUUGAACAGACGUGCUAAGUUCUCUCAAACGGUUAAAUUUUAUCACAAAUUGAAAACUUAUAAAGGGACAAAAGAAACGUGCUUAUUAAUACCACAAAAAGUGCAGUGAUCAUUGUAUUAAUAACCUAAAUAAUUGUUGAACAUUUUAUUUUUUACUCGCUACGACAGCGAAGUGCGUGGCACCUGUGGCAGCGAAUGACUCAUCGCCCUCUCGUUCAAUCCGCGAUAGCGCCCGAUCGCCCGCGUACUCCGUGACUAGCGACAGAAUAGCGAUACUUAUAGUGAAACGUGUUCUGCGCCCCUGUACUUCGAUAUCUAUGUACCUCGACACUUUCGCCGUUUGAAUACCCUGUCUACUCUGAGCUAAGGUAAAAGAUCUAUUUUCAAUAUACAAUAUGGCUCCUACUUCAAGUAGCCUAUGUGCUGGAUGUCGGCAAAAAAUAAUCGGCCGUCAUAUUACCUGCUCUUCAGAGGUUUGCAGAAAAAUAUAUGACGUUACUUGCGCAAAGGCUGACAAAAUCACCCGAGCUGAACUAGAUGCGUGGAUCUGCCCUGAGUGUCGGGCCUCUAGGAGGAAGACUGGGGAUUCUUCAACGCCUGUACGGGCUGUAACAUACGAGGAUUCAGAUAGUGUCACACAUCGAAAGAAAACUACCACAAGACUAGAAACUCCAGAACCAACUGAAACUACAUCUGUUCCUGGGGGUAUUUACCAAGCUCUGUAUAAAGAAUUCAAGGCUUUGCGGGAGUGCUUUGAAGAAUUUAAGCCUGAAGUUUAUUCUCGGUUGGACGCGAUCAACUUGGCUCUUCUAGAGAAUGCGAAAAGAUUGGAAGUAAUCGAAAGCAAGCAGGACACUCUGGAGCGCAGACAAACAGAUCUAGAUGUCAAACAGCAAAUACUAGAACAACGCAAUCAGGAACUGGAAAUGACGGUGAAGACGUUGGAGGUUCAAAUGUCUUCCUUGAUGCAGAAAGGUCUUAGGAAGGAGGUGGAAAUUAUGGGAAUCCAAGAGAACACAACUGAACAACCAGCACAUUUAGGCUUUGUCAUUGCCGCUAAAAUAGGUGUGACUCUUGACCCCAGUGAUAUCGAAGAGGCCUCCAGGGCCGGGCCGCGCCGGAGUACUGCUGACCUUAAGGAUAAAUAUAUCUCACGUCCACUUGUGGUGAGGUUUGCGAAGACAUCUGUUCGAGAUAGCUUCCUGAAGGAAGCAAGAGCAAGACGUAACCUGAAAAGCAAUGAUAUUGUCGAAGGUUGUCCCGAGCAGAGAGUGUACGUCAAUGAAAGGCUUACUACUGAAAACCGACAUUUAUUUCGCGCAGCCAGAGAAAGGGCAAAUGCCUGUGACUUCAAGUUUUGCUGGGUCAAAAACGGAUCCAUCUAUAUACGUAAGAAGGAAGGCAGCCCAGCUGUGCGCAUUCAGUCGCAGAACGAUUUACUCGGAUUGGCUGGACAGACUGAGUCCACUUCUUGAGAUUUAUCUUUUCCACAUACGGUUUUUACUAAUAGUAGCUUGUUUGAUCAAUGUUAUUCCCUCUGAUGUUCUUGAAUACUUAAAAAUACAAAAUUAUAUAGUAAAUCCAUUAUACAGCAUGGCAACUUUGAUUUUUCAGCGAACAAAAUAUAUGUUAUGUAUAAAGUACUGGCCUCCUUAGAUCUAUUACAUAAUAUUGAUAACUCAUUUAAUAUAUCAUGCCAUGCUGUAGAUAAAGUUGAGAAUUGUAAUAAACUGAUCGGUAACCGUACUCUGAAAGUCUUAAAUAUGAAUAUAAGAAGUGUCAAUCACAAUUUUAACGCGUUUAUGAUCUUUCUAGCAAGACUCGAUAUACAAUUUGAUGCUAUAGUCUUGACUGAGUGUUGGAUUUCUAAUGCCUCUGUGAUUCCACAUAUACCUGGUUAUAUUUCAUCAAAUUCAAAUAAGUUUAUUAAUAAGGCAGGAGGAGUUGUUAUAUACAUAAAAAGUAAUUGGUCACCUAAUUUUUCAGAACCACCUCUUGUUGAUGCUAACUGUGUGCUGGCCGAGAUUCCUGGCGUCUUCUCAAUUCUGGGUGUCUACAGAUCCCCCUCCUUUCUCGAUAAAACACCUUAUUUGAUAUCGCUUGAGACAGAAAUUUCAAAAUUAGCUCAUAACAAUCGUCUUCUCAUUGCUGGUGAUAUAAAUAUUGAAAUUAUUUCCGAAGAUGCAAACCAUAACUACAUGUGCCUCAUGUCUCGGCUUGGUUACAUCCCGGCUAUCACCAAACCUACACGAGACAAUGCAUGCCUGGAUCACAUAUUUAUACCGAACAAAACCACAGCAACCUCCAUCGUUUGUCAUACAGCACUGACUGAUCAUCGUCCCACUAUGGUAGGACUUUCAUUCGAUUAUUCCGAAAAAUCAAACCAUCAAAGUCGCUAUCGUACCAAAAUAAAUUUCGAUGGCUUGUUAUCUGAUAUAAGUCAAAUUGACUGGUCAGAUACUCUUCAAUCUCUUUGUCCCUCAAAAGCAGCAGAGUCCCUAGAGUCAAAAAUAGGAGCAGCUAUCAAAGAUAAUUCUCAAAUCGUAAAACUAAGUCAUUCACAAUUUACCAUCCAACCUUGGAUGACCCCCGGUUUGUUAAGAUGUGCGAAACACAAAGACAGGCUACAUGCUGAAGUACGUAAAUACCCUGAUAAUCUUCUAAAAAAGCAAAUAUAUACUAGAUAUCACAAUUUUUAUAACAAUCUAAUCAGAAAAUUGAAACGUCAACAUGAUUCCAAACUUCUCCAGGAUAAUAAAAGUAACCCUAAAAAGUUAUGGGAAUGUAUACGAAAAGUAACUCAUACUCAGCGUUCAAAGACCGCAUCACUUGAACUUACCCGAAUUAAGGACUCAUCUUCUGCCUCUCUCGACUACUGUAAUGAAUACUUCUCUUCGGUCGGCAAAUCCUUGGCUACCAAAAUACUUAAUGACAUAAAUUCAACAGAAGAAUCUCUAGCAGCUAAAAUUAACGUAGAUAAUGGACCUACCAAUUCUUUCUUUUUAACACCAACCGAUCCCUGUGAAGUCGAGUCACGCAUUAACAAUCUAAAAAAUGACAGCGCGCCGGGUAUAGAUGGCAUCACAGAUCGGAUUUUGAAAAUAAUAGGAAAGUUCAUUUCUGUGCCACUUGCGCAUAUAUUUAACCUAAGCUUUCAAACAGGUGAAUUUCCAGAAAUUUGGAAAACAGCCAUAGUUAUUCCGAUACACAAGAGCGGCCCAAAGAAUGAUCCUAAAAACUACCGACCAAUCUCUCUAUUAGUUAUAUUCUCAAAAUUGCUAGAAGGAUUGGUUAAUGAUCGGUUGAUGAACUUUUUGGAGAGUCAUGAGUUGCUAUCGAAUCAACAAUUUGGUUUUAGAAAAAAUAGAUCUACUGAAAAGGCAGUGUCCCUUCUCACAGACACUAUCGUAUCUCAUUUGGACUCUGGUCGGCCCUGUACUGGAGUUUUUCUUGAUUUUUCAAGAGCCUUUGACACCGUCUCCAUCUCUAUACUGGUGCGAAGGUUAGAGCAAAUGGGGGUCAGAGGUACAGCACUUAGAUGGUUUUUUAGUUAUUUAAAUGGAAGACGACAGUGUGUAAAAGUUGAUUCGAACGUUAGUGGCAUACAAUCUGUUUCAUUCGGAGUGCCACAGGGCAGUAUUCUGGGACCCACCCUAUUUUUGGUUUACAUAAAUAGUUUAGCAUCACUUGAUCUUCCACAAGCCUCAAUUAUAUGUUAUGCAGAUGAUACCGCAAUCCUUUUUACAGGCUCGAAUUGGAAGGAUUGCUUUGAAAAUGUAAGCAAUGGCUUGGCUACCAUUUCAAACUGGCUAAAAAACAACGUUCUAACUUUAAAUGCCCAAAAGUCGAAGCUUCUUUGCUUUCACAAAACAGCCGCUUCAGCUCCUGUCGACAUUCCAGAAGUGACAAUUCAUAGUUGCAACAGUUUACCAGGAAGUGGCAAUCUUAAUUGUGCCUGUGGGUCAAUUGAAAGAUCAUGUUCUGUGCGAUAUUUGGGAGUUAUUCUCGACGAAAAAUUAUCAUUCGCUUCUCAUAUCGACAUCACAUGUAAGAGAUUGCGAAAAAUCAUUCACAUCAUGAAACUCCUUAGAGAAUCCGCUAAUAGACGUUUGUUAACCACCGUGUAUCUUGCGUUAUGCGAAUCGAUUCUUACAUAUUGUAUCUCCAUUUGGGGUGGUGCUUCUUCUUGUUACAUGAUAAAUAUCGAGAGAAUACAGAGAGCCAUACUCAAAACUUUGUUUCGUAAACCUACCCUCUAUCCCACAGUGUCCCUGUAUAACGAUGCAAAUGUUUUAAGUGUGCGUAAGCUAUAUAUUCUAAAAAUUGCUUUAGAUACUCAUCGGCAUGUUAUACAGGCACCUGACUAUCCACAACUACUAAAAAAACGAGUCUUCAAAAUACAUGCUCCCCUAGUCAACACGACUUUUGCUCGCCGUUUCACUCAGUUUGCAUCCCCUUUUAUUUAUAAUAAAAUCUGCAAAAUAUGUAACAUAAAAGAGAAUUCUGUUGCUAAAGCCAAAUCCCUUAUUUUUUCACUAAUACUUCCAUGGAAUUAUGAUUACACAGAAGAAUUCCUGCGCAUUUUAAAAUGAGUUUAAUGAAUCUAAUGCACUUUUACAGGUACGAUUAGUGAUCUUGUUGUUAUUAAUAUUUACUUGCUAUGCCAGAUUAUUAUUAUUAUUCUGUUCUAUAUUAGCAAAACGUUUAUAGAUUGAAAAGCACUUUUGUAUUUCGUCUUAUACUAAUUUAUAAGUUUUUAUGUUUCCUCUUUUUAUUAUUAAUUUAAAUUUUUAUUGCCGGUAGUCUGAUUUAUUUCUCAAUGUUUGUUAAACAAUAACGGCUGCCACAGGACAGGCAUUCUUGCCUAGUGUGGGGCCAAUAGUAAACCAAAAUGCUAUUUAUUUUUAUAAGGUUAAUUAACAUUACUUAUUAAGGGUAUAUGUAUUGUAGCAUAAGGAUUUUGAUCUCCGUUUUGGAAAUAAAUAUAUUUCAUUUC